GCACCUCGUCUCUCGCUGGUCAUUUCGUUUCCCAGCCUCCUGCAGAACGAUGCUCCGCCUCGGCACCGCGCUGCUGCUCGCAGCGACCUGUCUGCUUCUGAGCACAGGGGUUGCUCCGGAGGUUGUUGUCACCUGUGAAGUGGGCGCCGCCGUCCACCGCCUGAGCUGUGACGACAGCAGCGUGAUCGUGGUGCAGGCGGCGCUGUACGGACGGGCGGACCGUGAGACCUGUGGGGAGGGGAGACCCCCGAGUCAGCUGGCCGACACGCAGUGCUCCCAGGGGGGCUCAGCGGAGGUCCUCAAGACCAGGUGUGAUGGGAAAAGGUUUUGUGAAGUGAGCGUGACGGCCUUCGGGACGCCGGACCCCUGCGUCGGCACCUUUAAAUACCUACAGACCAACUACACCUGCCGCCCCGCAAUUCACCAGGUGACAUGUGAGCACUCUUUGGCCCACCUGCACUGUGAUGAAGGGCAGGUCAUAUCCCUCUACGGUGCCACUUAUGGACGCUACGACCAGACCACGUGCACCUUCGGACGGCCCGCCUCCCAGACCCAGAACAUCGCCUGCUCGAAGCCCGCCAGCGGCGUCUCCGCCAGCUGCAGCGGGAGGAACAGCUGUGUCAUCAGAGUGGACAACUCGGUGUUUGGGGACCCGUGUGUCGGCACGUACAAGUACCUGGAGCUGGCGUACACGUGUGAAUAUCCAUCUACCAUUCUGUAGUGUUGUCACCACAAUAAGAUCAAUAAGAUCCCAAUACACGUCAUAAAUAAAAUGUGUUCAAUCAGCA